AGAGGGGGCUCUUUGGGUUGAGCUGAUUCGGCGAAUCUUCCUCUUCUUCCUCCUCUCUCUUUUCCCACAACAGCCAGAUCCGCGUCUUUGCUCAAGCCAAGGAAGUGGGCAGAGAGAGAGAGAGAGAGAGAAAGAGAGAGAGAGAGACUCUCGAGCGAGCACGCCGCGCGAACUUGGCGGAAACUUAGAGAAUGCACCAAAAGCCCACGCUUCUCCUGCUGCUGGCGGUUGCUGCUUCUGCAUCCUAUGAACCCGAGCAGAAUGACUCCUCCGUCAGCCCCAGGAAGACGAGGCUUCCAGCCCAAAACUCAGCAGAUGUUGUUCGAUGUCUAAAUAGUGCCCUCCAGGUGGGAUGUGGGGCUUUCGCCUGUCUGGAAAACUCUACUUGUGACACAGGUGGCAUGUAUGACAUCUGCAAAUCUUUCCUCUACAGUGCUGCUAAAUUCGACACUCAGGGGAAAGCCUUUGUAAAGGAGAGUCUGAAAUGCAUUGCCAAUGGCAUCACGUCCAAGGUGUUCCUGGCCGUUCGCCGGUGCUCCACGUUCCAGCGUAUGAUUUCUGAGGUGCAGGAAGAAUGUUAUAGCAAGCUGGACAUCUGUGGCAUUGCAAAAAGGAACCCAGAAGCCAUCACAGAAGUGGUCCAACUCCCAAACCACUUCUCAAACAGGUAUUACAACAAACUUGUGAGAAGCUUAUUGGAAUGUGGGGAAGAAACAGUCGGGACCAUUAAAGACAGUUUGAUGGCCAAAAUUGGACCAAACAUGGCCAGCCUGUUCCACCUGCUGCAGACAGAUCGCUGUGCCCAGAUUCAUCCGAGAGCAGACUUCAAUCGGAGACGCAUCACUGAGCCUCAAAAGUUAAAAAUCUAUUUUAGGAAUCUCCGGGGGGAGGGAUCUGUACCAGCCCAUAUGAAGCGUGAUUCUUCAGAAAGUGUGUAAUGUGCCACUGAAUGAGUAGAGAAUCCCAGUUGUACCAAACUAAGAAAUUGCUCUCUCUCUCUCUCUUUUUUUUUUUCUUUAGCAUUCACAAUACACCAGAAAUGUACUGUAACUGACUUCUAAGGACAUUGAGCCAAUCUAUACAUUCAAAAAAAAAAAAAAAGUACAUGGCAUAGUUUUCCUGAGACUGUACCACUUAAAAAGAGAGGUGGGGGAAAUUAUCUAUUUAAAGCUUAAUACUGCAAAUCUACUUACACACUUAAAUAUUUUUUUCAACAGUCUAAAAUAUCUGAUGAGAACCUCCUUUAGUUGGGAAAGAAUAUUUGGAGUCUGCUCCUCCUCUGCCACCAAUCAUAUAUACAUGAAUGAAGUGGUACAGUCCCCAAUCAUUGGUUCCCCAGGUUGUCUAUGAAAGUAUAGAUUGGUCCCUGGUUAUUGGCUAUAGAGUUUUUUUAUUUCUCACCCCACUCCCAUCCCACCCUUCAGACAAACUGUAUGAAAUUAGAAUUCUGGUUAGGACUGUAUACGCUCCAUUUCUUCUUAGAAUGGGGGCUCUUUUUUACCUUUCUCUUGAUCUGCCCCAAGAGAUCAAAUGAAUAUAAGCUUUUCUUGAAAGUGAUCUUAAUAGCACUUCAGCAAACACCAAACUCUUCCUGUACUGUAGCUCAAGCGACUUGACAGUCAGAUAGUGUAGAUAUAAUUCUGCUUAUCCUAAGUGGGAAGACACAAACAGGGAACCUAAAACAAAAAAAAGAAAGUAAGAAAGGUGGAUCUGUGGACAUUCCGUAGAUGUCAUUGGAACAUUGAUAUGAAUGGUACUGGUCAUAGGCAAAUAUCAAUGUCCGAUCCAGACUCUGAAUCUCAGUGCUGCAACAUUUAAUUUUCUGAAGUCUGAGAGUUCCUUAAAUGGCUAUUUUUAAUCAACAUUGGCCUCUUCAAAUUCUGACAGGAAAAGAGGGUCCUUCAGCAACUGUUUGGCCCCUCCUGAAUAGCUUGGAAUAUUGUCCCACCUCUUCCAAUCUAACCGAAGAAACAAAACAUUUUUGCUAGCCUGAGAACUGAGCCAACAUUCUUCAGAGCUCAAUUUUGAACUUUUCGGGCAACUAGGUCCUCCCCUUCAGGUCUUCCUAAAAAAAAAGGCACUUUGCCAAAGAUUAGACACCUAUCAUUUUUUUCUUAUAGUACCCUGCAAUGUCUGGGGCUUGUAGGCACGUGGGGUGAGACUCUGGCAUAAAAUGAUGUCCAGGUUGUUGCACUGGGACCUUGAUACGCCAGCAACUCCUUGUAUGAAAAGAAUCAAUGUGCUGCUGUCUUUGCUCUGUGAGAGUUCCACCUCCAAUGGCCAAUUCCUCCCCACUUUCCAUUUUAAACAUGGCAAACGUUUAGCCCUAGAAUUGUCAUUGGUGGCAUCACAAAGUGUGCUCAAGAUCUAUCUUCCUCAACCGGGUGUUCUCCUGAUGUGCCGAGCUAUGGCUCGAGUAUGCUUGCUAGAGGAUGAUUGGAGCCAUAUUCCAACACAUCCUAAGAACACCAGGUUGGAGAAGACUGCCCAAUCCUAGGACCUAGGCCUAAUUCUCACUGAGGUGCUGAAAUUGUCUUGGACCAUCCUGCUUGAGGCUGCAAGUAGAGGAUGUUGUGAUUGAAUGUGGCAUGCCCAAAACAAAGUUUCUGCAUGUAGAGAUUGGCAUGGGUAAGGACAGGCUUGGUUACAUCUCAGUGGACGCACUAUCUUGCUAGAAGAAAGUUUUUUGCUAUUUGGAUAGAAGGGCCAUUGUUGUAUUGUAAGAGUACCCCCUUACAGUUUGAAGUGUAAGGUCUUCACUAGAAGACCCAUGCAUGGUAGUGGAUAGAAAGGCUUAUGAGAUGUCUAUAUCCUAUUGGAAUGCUUGUAGCUCUUGCAUGGUCUCUAAAAGACCAAAUGGAACAAUCUAAUGUACCAUUAUUUUCAUUUGUCACUUUAAGGAAUCUGGAGUAAGUGACCACUGUCUUAAAAAUAGAGUCUUGAGCUUUACUCUGUGAUACAAACGGAACAAAUUGUGUACUGGGCAAAACUUCCAGGGAUUUUUUUUUUUUAAGUGGCAUCAAAUAGCUUUGCAGCUCAUAGUUCCAUCUGAUAACUUUGAUGUGAUUUCUUGACAACAUUACUUUUAGAAAAACACCAGCUCUGUUGAAAAGCAUCAGAGUACAGAAAUGGGACUCGAUUCUAAGGGCAUUAUACUGUUCAAUUAUCUUGCUCUAGGAAUGCCACUUGAGUCAAGAUAAAGGGUUGGACAAGAUAAUUACUUUGAUCAUUGUCAGAUGGCAUAUCAUAAUGGCUACAUCAGUGUUUCUCAACCUUGGCAACUUGAAGUCCAACAUAUCUUCAAGUUGCCAAGGUUGAGAAAUACUGGGCUACAUUAUAGCGAGAUUCUUAGGCACUGCUUAAAGCAGUGUUGUCCA